AUGGGCAAGCCCUCGCAAUCAGCGGACCGGCCUGCUGACGACGCCGUGUCCCUCCACACGCAGCCUGACCGCCACCACCCAUUCCAAGACGAUGACGACGCUCCAGAGCUCCAGGUCGACGACCUCCCUCCUCUCUACAGCGACAUCGACGAACCGGCCGCCAGCAGCAGCAGCAGCAGCGCCGCGCCUCUCCUGCCCAGCUCCGCCGACGCCGACAUCCUCCCCGCCUACGUGACCGACGGUCCCACCGGCCGGCAGUGGUACCUGAACCCGGUGCUGGACACGGUCCCCGCCGUCCUCGAGAAGCACGUCCGCGCCUGGGCCGUGCAGCCGCCGCGGCCCUCGGUCCGCGUGCACGGCGAGCACAAGGCGACCGUCACCAACAACGGCAAGCGGGAGCGUAAGAGCGUCACCGACUUCGACGUGCGCAUCGACCUGACGCCGUACCUUUUCAGCGACGCCACCAACGGCGCCUCGUGGCGCCAGCUGCGCACCGUCGAGAACUACGAGAAGGCGCGCCGCGGCACCGUGCUGCAGACGCGCGCCGCGGGCUCCAGCCAGGACCUCGAGGUCGGCGGCGGCGACAAGCCCACGCUGGCCGAGUGGUGCCACCUCUACUGCGCGAGCCACGCCGGGCUCAAGGCGUUCAGCGUCCGGCGGCGCAUGGUCGGCUUCGACGAGGACAGGGUGCGGCAGAAGAUCGAGGCGCUCGUGCGCGCGAGCAACUACCGCGGCCGCGUGCAGGUCACCUUCCCCGUCAAGGACGACCUGGUCGAGGUCUUCAACGCGUGCCGCACCAACCGGUGGCGCCUGACCACCUGGAUCUUCUGGCUGUGCGCCUUCACGCUGCUCUUCCUCCUGACCUGGCCGUACCUGCUCGUCCGCACCAAGCGGUUCGAGGUCGUCAGCGUCGACUGGCCCUUCUCCCGGCCCCGGGAGGACGGCGGCAAGGAGUACAUCAGCCUGAGCGAGGACCAGUGGUACAACCUCUGGGGCCGGGCGCUCAACAAGGCCAUCCUUGAGAAGCGGCAGUGUGAGCUGAACCAGCAGGACCUGAUCGCGUCCGAGGGCGCCCAGCCUACGUUUGACACCGGCAGCUCGGCUGUCAACGCUGGGCUUGGCAUGUUGCGCGCCGGCGUGAAUGCGAUGAACGAGGUCAAUCGGCAGCUUGGCUGGGGCUACGACGAGGCCUGA